ACGAUUGGUGCAGACGUGUCGCCCCACCCACCCGCCCGGCCGCCCGGCCCGUGACGCCACUACCCGGCGUGCCGCGCGGCGCUUCUCCUCCGCCCGCUAAUGUUUUGGCCGACUCAAGAUGGCGGUGCAGGAGUCGGCUGCUCAGCUGUCCAUGACCCUGAAGGUGCAGGAGUACCCCACCCUUAAGGUGCCCUACGAGACGCUGAACAAACGCUUCCGGGCCGCACAGAAGAACAUCGACCGAGAGACGAGCCACGUCACGAUGGUGGUGGCCGAGCUGGAGAAGACCCUGAGCAGCUGCCCGGCCGUGGACUCCGUGGUCAGCCUGCUGGAUGGCGUGGUGGAGAAGCUCAGCGUCCUCAAGAGGAAGGCGGUGGAGUCCAUCCAGGCCGAGGACGAGAGCGCCAAGCUGUGCAAGCGCCGCAUCGAGCACCUCAAGGAGCACAGCAGCGACCAGCCGGCGGCCGCCAGCCUGUGGAAGCGGAAGCGCAUGGACCGCAUGAUGGUGGAGCACCUGCUGCGCUGCGGCUACUACAACACGGCCGUGAAGCUGGCGCGGCAGAGCGGCAUCGAGGACUUGGUGAACAUCGAGAUGUUCCUGACGGCCAAGGAGGUGGAGGAGUCCCUGGAGAGGCGCGAGACGGCCACCUGCCUGGCCUGGUGCCACGACAACAAGUCCCGGCUGCGCAAGAUGAAGGGCCGCCAAAGCGAGCAUGACGCGAAGCCGGGACGGAAAAGUAGAGUGGCCAGUGGCUCCCCUAAGGAAAGUGAGGAUCUUGGUAUGGAAACCCUAAAAGGAAAGCCAGAAUUGAGCUGCCUGGAGUUCAGCCUGAGGAUCCAGGAGUUCAUCGAGCUCGUCCGGCAGAACAAGAGGCUGGACGCCGUGAGACACGCCCGGAAGCACUUCAGUCAGGCUGAAGGCAGCCAGCUGGACGAGGUCCGCCAGGUCAUGGGCAUGCUGGCCUUCCCGCCUGACACGCACAUCUCCCCCUACAAGGACCUGCUGGACCCGGCGCGGUGGCGGAUGCUGAUCCAGCAGUUCCGGUACGACAACUACCGGCUGCACCAGCUGGGGAACAACUCCGUGUUCACCCUCACCUUGCAGGCCGGCCUCUCGGCCAUAAAGACUCCGCAGUGCUACAAGGAGGACGGCAGCUCCAAGAGCCCCGACUGCCCCGUGUGCAGCCGCUCCCUGAACAGGCUGGCGCAGCCGCUGCCCAUGGCCCACUGCGCCAACUCCCGCCUGGUCUGCAAGAUCUCGGGCGACGUGAUGAACGAGAACAACCCGCCCAUGAUGCUGCCCAACGGCUACGUCUACGGCUACAACUCUCUGCUCUCCAUCCGCCAAGACGACAAGGUGGUCUGCCCGAGAACCAAAGAGGUCUUCCACUUCUCGCAAGCCGAGAAGGUAUACAUCAUGUAGGCCCGCGCCCGCGCCCGCCGCGGCGGUGUUCCUGUUUUUGCGACCAAAGAUCCGUGGGCGGCGCAGACACUCGGGGCAGAGGAUGGCGUGUGGACAGGCUUCUGCUUGGAGGCUGUUUCGACCGUAGGGUUUUGUGAUGUGAGCCGGCUAGCUGGCGCUUCAGGAAGGACUUGACACCGAGGGGGACUCGGGAGUGUUUCGGAGACGGCUCCUCCCCGUGACUGGUGGCGGCCCUGGGGGACGGGUGUGUCCUGCCUGGGGGCUGGGGCUGGGAGCGGUGGCAGCCAGGCCGGGUCAGCCGCCUUCCCCCGCCCACCACCUCCCCCCUGCACGGCCUGUGGGGUCCUGUCACUCAGCUGCACACGCCACUGCUGGCCCCAACGAGCAGCACGGCCGCGUGGCCGCCAGGACCCGGGAUCCAGGGAGCCGCCGUAGCCGACACCGCCGUCCGUAGAGGUUUGUACUUAGUGCUCAGUUCUGCAUGUGGAUGUUGCUUAGCGAAUAAACUGUACAUGUAAAACAUGUUAAUAAAAGGGUUUUCUAUUUCUCC